AUGAGCGCGUACGCCAACCCUGAGUCGAAGGGCACCUCGCCCACGCAAGGAGAUCGUUUCGGACAUCAUGGUGAGAGCCUGGCUGACACAGCAGCCGACGACUCGGCCAUUUAUCCCAAGGGCACCUUAGAUCCAGUAUACGAAGCCAAGGCGCGCGUUCUCAACCGAGCUAUUCUAGAUAUCGGGAUGGGAUGGUAUCAAUGGCAGCUUUUUAUUGUUGUUGGUUUCGGUUGGGCUGCCGACAAUCUCUGGCCCAUUGUGACAUCACUCAUCUUCACACCCAUCACCAACGAAUUCGGACCCUCCCGGCCGCCUCUCCUUACCCUCGCCCAGAACAUUGGCCUGCUUGCCGGCGCCAUGUUCUGGGGGUUUGGGUGCGAUAUCUUCGGCCGGCGUCAUGCCUUCAACUGCACCCUGGGCCUGACAGCCUUCUGGGGCCUUGUUGCUGGUGGUGCCAAUAAUUUUGCCGCCAUCGGCAGUUUUGCAGCGCUUUGGUCGUUCGGUGUAGGUGGAAACUUACCCGUCGACUCAGCCAUCUUCCUUGAAUUCCUGCCUGGCACUCACCAAUAUCUCUUGACCAUUCUCUCUAUCGACUGGGCUAUUGCACAAGUUGUUGCGAACCUCGUCGCCUGGCCGUUGUUGGGAAAUCUGACGUGCGAACAAGAGACUGUUUGUCGUAAGAGUGACAACAUGGGCUGGCGAUGGUUUACCAUCACCAUGGGUGGGAUCACAGCUGUCAUGUUCCUGGUUCGUUUUGCCGCCUUCAAGAUUUUUGAGUCGCCAAAGUACCUCAUGGGCAAAGGACGCGAUGAGGAUGCCGUCCGUAUCGUUCACGAAGUCGCGCGUCGCAACAGCAAGACAACGUCUCUAACACUAGCCGAUCUGAAGGCUUGUGAACCUGAGGGCUAUGUUGCUCAGACAAAUGUUUCUGCCGCGGCCAAGAGAUAUGCUUCAAAGCUCAACUUUAGCCACAUUCGUGUUCUCUUCUCGACACGCAAGCUAGGGCUCAGUACUGGCCUCAUUAUGGCCAUCUGGGCGCUCAUUGGCCUUGGCUACCCGCUGUACAACGCCUUUCUUCCCUUCAUCCAGGCCACGCGGGGCGCCGAUUUUGGUGACGGCAGUACCUACAUCACCUACCGCAACAGCUUGAUCAUAUCAUCUCUCGGCGUUCCUGGCGCAUUGCUCGGAGGCUGGCUCGUGGAGCGAAAGGUUAUUGGUCGCAAGGGCACUCUGUCCUUGUUCACCGUGUUGACAGGUGUCUUUCUGUACUGCUCAACGACGGCGGUAACGAGCAAUGCACUCCUGGGCUGGAAUUGCGCUUUCAACUUCUGCAGUAACGUCAUGUAUGCUGUGCUCUACGGAUUCACACCAGAGCUUUUCCCCACACCCCAACGCGGCACGGGUAAUGCUUUGACGGCAACCUGCAAUCGUAUUUUCGGCAUCAUGGCACCCAUCAUCGCCAUGUUUGCUAACCUUGAGACGUCGGCUCCCGUCUACACAAGUGGUGCUCUUUUCAUUGCUGCCGGUCUUCUUGUACUGCUGAUGCCGUUUGAGUCACGGGGAAGGGCAGCAUUGUAG